UUUUAUCAGAUGCUGUCAGUGAUGUGGAGAUGCAGGAACACUAUGAUGAGUUCUUUGAGGAGGUCUUCACUGAAAUGGAAGAGAAAUAUGGAGAGGUUGAGGAGAUGAAUGUGUGUGAUAAUUUAGGAGAUCACUUGGUGGGAAAUGUCUAUGUGAAGUUCCGCCGUGAGGAAGAUGCAGAGAAAGCGGUGAUUAACUUGAAUAACCGCUGGUUUAAUGGCCAGCCCAUCCAUGCUGAGCUCUCGCCUGUCACUGAUUUCAGAGAGGCCUGUUGUCGGCAGUAUGAAAUGGGAGAGUGCACUCGAGGAGGCUUCUGCAACUUCAUGCACCUGAAGCCAAUCUCAAGGGAACUCCGAAGAGAACUGUAUGGCCGCAGGAGGAAGAGGCAUCGCUCCCGUUCACGUUCCCGUGAACGCCGCUCUCGCUCUAGAGACCGCAAUAGAGGAGGUGGAAGAGACAGAGAGAGACGGAGGUCAAGAGAUAGAGAACGCUCUGGACGCUUUUAAAUUGUCCUUCUUUCUUGAAACCAACAUUCAAACCCCAAGUCCUGCCCUUGUCUCUCCUGAUGAAAUGUGAUAAAUGUUCAAUUUAUUUCCUCCCUGACUUCUUUGUCCUCUGACCUUUUUAUGCGAGAUUUGUUUGCUUUUCAAUAAAGAUACCUUAAUCCA